CUCAUCCGUCUUCCACUCACCUCCUUCCUUGUUCCUUCUUGCCAGUGAUUAUCUCUUGCCUCUUUGACCCCCUCCUUCUGUUGCCUCUGCCCCCAAAUGCCCCUGUUCCUCGCCGUCACUUGAAGCAUACAUACGCACUGUUGGCUUCGCGAUGACGGGUUCUGUUAGAGCAUCGCCUGGACAUUACCCGUUGCUGUGUGACCUGUUGAUUGGGCUCGGCUCAGCAGAGUGGCUCGUGAGUUGACAUCAUGCCCGCAGAAGGGGGGUUCAACCCGUGAAGCCUCGGUACACAGCUCUGUGUGGCUUGCCAGCCACCAUAUGGCAUGCUUCUGUCGGGCGGCCUCGCUGCUCGAUGCCUACCCCGUCCUCUCCGUGGUUGGCGCGAGGCGCUCCUGGCCCGCCGCCUGCGUGGGCACCGACCCAGGUGCACGUGGCCCCGCCGCAGCCGCCCCACCUGCCGUGGGCCGUGCACACGCCGCCGUUGCACUACGGCCCGCCGCCGGGGCACUAUCCAGCGGCGGCGUCCUGUGUUGCGGCGUCAGCGCCAGGCUGGGCGCCGCCCGCCUGGCGCCCGCCCCAUCCCGGGGGCGCGCAUCCGUUGUGGGCGACGGGCCCGUCGCCCCCGCCGCCGGGCUUCUUCGCGCACCCGGUCCACGCGCCGCCCCUGCACGGCCUUGGGCCACCUCCGGCUCCGCCGGGCGCUUGGGGAGGCCCUCCGCCGCCGGGCCUCGUCGUGGCCGCCUGCACGGACGCCGCCGCAGGGGCGCCGCCGCCGGCGCCGGCCGCUCAGCUGGAGCUGGCGGACCACGCGCACGACAGCGCCGACGAGGC